AUGUUUUCUUCAAAAGAAAAUAUAGAAAAUAAUAACAAUAUGAAUAUUGACAUUGCAAACGAUGAAAAUAUUAAAAGUAGAAGAGACCGAAGAAAUUAUCAAAGACGUGAUAGUGAUGCAUUUUUACAACAAAAUGGAAAUUACCAAAGACGUGAUAGUUUUUCAAAAAGAGAAGUUUCGAAUAAAUUAAUUAAAAAAGAUGAAUUUGGUGAAAAUCAAAUUUCAUCAUUUUGGGAAGACUUUAAUGAAAUUAAUAACAACAAUAAUAAUAAUAAUAAUAAUAAUAAUAAUAACAAUAACAAUAAUAGUAAUAGUAAUAAUAACAAUAAUAAAUCGAUGCAAAGUGAAGAUACUACUCUUUCAAAUAUUUUAAGUACAAGUACAACAAAUGAAAAUGAUACUAGUAGUAUUAAUAAUAAUAAUAAUAAUGUUAAUAAGACAGUAGAUGAAUCAAUUAACAUUGAUGAUAGUUUAUUAAGUUUUCCAGUUACACCAACUAAAACACCAAUUAAAACCAAAACACCAACCAAAACACCACUAAAACCAACUACACCAAGAUCCUCAAAAUUAAAACCAAAGGUACAAAUAACCAAAACACCUUCUUCAAAAUCAACUACAUCAACUCCAAAAUCUGUUAAAUAUAUCACUCCAAAAUCACCUGAACAUUCAAAAACUAAUGAUGACAAUGGUGAUAAUGAUGAUAAACCAAUACCUUUUUCAAUUGAAAAAGAAAAUGAUGAUAAUGGUGGUGAUGAAGAAAUUGAAAAAGAACAAAAAGAACAAAAAGAACAAAAAGAACAAAAAGAACAAAAAGAACAAAAAGAAAAAGAAGAAAAAGAGAUUUUAAAACUUGAAAAGAUAAAAAGAAUGGAGACUGAAAAACAACAAUUAUUAGAGUCACAAAAAUUACAAUUUAGGUUAAGCUUAGAACAAAGUAAUAAGGAAAUCAUAGAGAUUGAACAAGAGAAAUUUCAAUCGAUUCAACGUUUAAAACAAGAGAAAUUAGAGAAAAUAAAAUUAGAAAAACAAUCAAAACAAUUACAAAAACAAAAUGAACGACAACAAUUAUUAUUCAAACAACAAAAAGAAAAAGAAGAUAGAUUAUUAAAAAGGCAACAACUUUUACACCAACAUUUAUUACCAAAUAAUAAUAAUAAUAAUAAUAUUAAUAAUAUUGAAAAUAAUAAUGAUAAUGAUAAUACUAAUAAUAUUGAUGUAAAUUUAGAAAUACCUAAAAAUGAUAACACUUUAUUAAAUAUUUUUAAUAAUGUUCAAGUUCAAGAAGAAGUUGAUUCCUUUACAUUAGAUGAUGUUGAUAAUCAUAAUAAUAAUAAUAAUAAUAAUAAUAAUAAUAAUAAUAAUAAUAAUAAUAAUAAUAAUAAUAAUAAUAAUAAUAAUAAUAAUAAUAAUAAUAAUAAUAAUAAUAAUAAUAAUAAUAAUGAUAAUAAUAAUAAUGAUAAUAACAAGUUUGAAUUAAAUUUUACACCACCACCACCCCUAUCGUCAAUAUCAUUCUCACCCUUUACAAAGACACUUACAAAAAUUGAUGAUAAAUUACAAAAUAAAUUUGAAAAAGAUAUAACGACCACAACAACCACAACAACAACAACACAACCUGUAAAUAAUGAAAAUAAUAAUAAUAAUGAAAUUAAUGAUCAUGAUGAAAGUAAAGAUGAAAAUUCUGAAAAUGUUGAUAAUAAUAAUAAUAAUAAUAAUAAUAAUAAUAAUAAUAAUAAUAAUAAUAAUAAUGUUGAUAGUAAAAUAGAGAGUAAAAGUGCAGAAAAACCAUUAAUAUCAUCAAUUAAAAAAAACAAUAGUAAUAGUGAAAAGAUAAGUAAAAGAGCAUCAUAUAUACCAAUUUCACAACAAUCAUUCCCAGUUACUUAUUUUUAUCCUGAAGAUGUUGAAACUACAAAUGAUGAAACUACAAAUGAUGAUGAUGAAAAUACAAACAAUAAGAACAACUAUAGUAUCCAUGAUGACGAUGGUGAUGAUAGUGGUGGUAGUAGUAAUCAAUUACUUAAUUCUUUCUCUGAAUGUGAAAAUGAUAGUAGUUUUCUAAAUUCAAGUAUUAAUAGCAAUAGCAAUAAUAGCAAUAGUUUACUUAGUGAUAACAUUGAUAAUCAAGAUAAUGAUGAAAAUAGUGCAAUACUACCUACUUCAAAAAAUACUACAACCAAUUUCAUUCAAAAUAACGAUACUGAUACAAAUAUGGAUGAAAAUUAUGAUAAUAAUAACAAUAAUAACAUUAUUAAUAAUAAUAAUAAUAAUAAUAGCUAUGAUGAGGAUGAAGAUAAUGAACAUGAAACAACGAUUACUGUUGGUAAAAAGAAAAAGAAAAAAUCAAAUACGAAUAAACAACUACAAUUAAAGAGAGAUGAAAAAUCAAAGAAAUUAAGUAAAAAUAGGCAAUCAUCAACAAAAACAACUAAUAAUAAUAAUAAUAAUAAAUUAGUUGAAAAAGUUAAUAAUAAUACUCAUCCACAACCACAACCACAACCACAACAGCCACAACAAAAUGAUAUUUUAAAUGUUACAGUACCCUCAAUAGGUAAAGAAAGUAAUAUUUCAUCAAAGAAGAAAUUAAAAUCACGUCUUAUUAAUUCUCCAAAAGUAUCACCUCAAAGUCAAAAAAUAUUUAAUUCAAAUGUAGAUGAUGAUGAUGAUGAUAAUGAAAAUGAUUAUGAUAAUAACAACAAAUCUCAAACUAUAUCACCAUUAACUAAAAGAUCAAAUAAUAAAAAUAAUAAUAAUAAUAAUAAUAAUAAUGAUAAUAAUGAACAAAGUAUGGUUGAAGGUGAUUAUAGUAAAGAUAUUGAUGGUGGUUUUGAUAGUAGAAUAGGAAAUAGUAAAUUCAUUAAUGAUAAUGAUAUUGAUAUUGAUAUUGAUUAUAGUAAAGAUACUGAUGGUGGUCAUGAUAGUAGAUAUGUAAAUAGUAGGUUCAUAGAUGAUAGUAUUAGAGAUAUUGGUAAUAAUGACAAUGAUAAUACUGAAGAUGAUGAAAAGGAACAAAAAAACAAAUUGAAUGAAUUUGGGAAACUAGGAAAAGAAACCAUUAAAACUCAAAAAAAAUUCAAAGAAAAUUUAGAUAAUGAAAAAUUGUUACAACAACAAAAACAACGUUUAGAAGAACAAAAACAACAAUUAUUACAAAAACAAAAAGAUGAUAAAGAAUUAUUUGAAAAACAACAAUUUGAAAAUCUUCGUUUAGAAAAAGCAAAAUUAGAAAAAGAAAAAGAGAAAUUAAUAUUAAAACAACAACAAGAUAAUUUAUUAUAUCAACAACAACAACAACAACAACAACAACAACAACAACAGCAACAACAACAAGAAAAAGAGAAAAAACAAAAAGAAAAAGAAAAAGAGAAAAAACAAAAAGAAAAAGAAAAAGAGAAAAAACAAAUAGAGAAAGAAAAAGAAAAAGAAAAAGAGAAAAAACAAAAAGAAAAAGAAGAACGACAACAGCAACAGCAACAACUACAACUAAAAGAAAAAGAAAAACAACAAAAAGAAAAAGAACGACGGGAAAAAGAAAAAGAAAUUGAAAUUGAAAAAGUAAGAUUAAAUAAUGAAAAACUUGAAAAACAACAAAAUCAAUUAAAUAAAAAGAGAAUUGGAAAAGUACAAGUAGAGAAAAAGAAAGAGACUUUGAAACAACAAAAACAAAGAGAAAAAGAAGAAAAAGAAAGAGAAAAAUUGGAAUUGGAAAGAAUAAGAAUUGAAAAUGAAAAAUUAUCACAUUUACCAAACACAAUAAACAAUGAUGACAAUUAUCCUAAUAUUAAUAAUGACGAAGAUGAAGAUUAUCAAGAAACUCAAACAAAUAAAAAAGCAACUUCCAGAAGUAAACCUAAAACUAAAGACUCAAACAAUCUAAAGAAAAAACAAGGAAAAAUACUGCCACAACAACAACAAGAAGAAGAAGAAGAGGUGGAGGAAUCAACUUCUUCAAGAAAAAGAAAAAAUCCAACUUCAACCCCUGCUUCAAAUAAAAAGUCUAAAAAUGAUAGUAAAAAUAAUAAUAAUAAUAAUAAUAAACCAAUCAUAAAUCAAAGUAAUUUGGAUAGUAGUAGUAUCAGUGUGGAUGGCAGUACUAAUGCUUCACCCCUAGCACCUGAAUUCAAAACAGUUGUUUUGCCAAAUAAAAGAAUUAAAUUACCAACGAUUCCAUAUUGGAGAACUGAUAUCCCAGUUUAUGAUAAGGAUGGAACAUUUAAAACUUUUGAAAAUCAUCUUUUGACACCAAUGAAGGUAAAGAAAAUUGAUGGAAAAUCUAAUUCAACAAUCAUUGAUGAUUCAAUUAUUUCAGACAACAAAUCGAAAACAAUUUUAUCUCCUGAAAAAAAGAAGGUUCAAAAACCAACAAAAUCCCCUAAAAAAAAAAUAAUAAAAAAAAAAUAA